CACACACACACACGCACACACACACACACACACACACACACACCUCCAACCUUCAAAGGAGGGGCGUGUCUUUACCAGGCAGCGUUUCUUACUGAAAUAAUUUGGAUUUGACCUCGAAGCAACAACUCUCUGGAAUAAUGAAAACUGCGGAGUUAGUGGGUUUACUUCUGGUGGAUUUGAUUCUGGGUGUCCAGACGCAACCCUUCCAAGGAACGCGCCCUGACGCUCUGCUGCUUCAUGGGUGGAUGAGUCGCUCCGGCGGCUUCAGAAGCUUCAUGCAGCGGCAGCAGACCCGCAGCUUGCCCCUUUUUAUGAUGCAGCUCUACCAGACCAUGCGAAUCGAGGAUCAUGCUAGUGCCAACAUCAGGGGCCACCACAGCAGGACCCAGGACUCGGACUGUGUGACCAGCCUUGUUGCAAAAAGCUGCCUGCAGGUUGGUGAGAGGUGGUCGGUCACCUUUGACUUGUCCUCCAUGUCUAAAAGGGACAACAUCCAACUGGCUGAACUUCAUAUCCGUCUUCCUGCCUUCUCUAAGUCUUCCAGAGUAUUUUUGGACAUCUGUCACUCCAACCAGAACCGCUGCUCCAGCAAUGACUGCUCUGUGAACCGGCUGCUUCUGGGACACCUGGAAGCUCACCCCACUACAAUGGUUUCGUCCUCCUCCUGGAAAGUUUUCAACGUGACGGGGAUGCUUCAUCGCUGGCUGCAGCAGGAAUCCUCCACAAACAGAACAGUAGAAGUUGGGAUGAAGAAGGAGCAGCAGGAGAUAAUCCAGCAUCCUACUGUAAAUAGAGUAAUGAUGGUGGUCUUUUCAAGCCAGGAUCCAAAGAACCAGCCUUCAUUGGUCAGAACAGCAGAGCAGUCAAAGUCCAUCAACAGGAGAAGCAGUAGAAGGAAGAGACACCAGGAGACACAGAAACAUGUUAGAUUCUCAGAACAGGAGAAACAACGUCCUCUCUGCAAGAAGGUGGACAUGUGGGUGGACUUCAAGAAGCUCCAGUGGAGUGACUGGAUUGUCCAGCCCAGAAGGUACAACGCUUACCGCUGUGAGGGGAGCUGCUCCAUGUCGGUGGAUGGGACUUUAGCCACCUUCAACCACGCACAGGUUCAGAGUGCACUGAACUAUCUCCACCCAGACAAGGUUCCACGUCUCUCCUGUGCACCCACAUACCUGGCACCGCUUUCCAUGCUGUACUACGAUAAGAGGAAGCUAGUGAUGAGGCAUCACGAGGACAUGGUGGUGAAAGAGUGUGGCUGCCAAUGA